AUGUCAUCAUUGCCCAUGAAUUGGUCAAAGGAUACACUCAGAAAGGGAUCUCACCAAGAUGCUGCUUUAAGCUACUCUUUGCUAGUGAAUGGGGGCUUGCCAGCUAAAUUCCAAGGAAAGAAGGGGUUAAGACAAAGAGACCCAAUGUCUCCUUACCUGUUUCUUUUGGUGAUGGAGUACCUGAACAGGGCUUUGAAGAGUUUUAAGUUCAAUCCAAACUUUAACUACCAUCCAAGAGCAGAUAAGGUUUCUAUCAACUUAUUACUGGAAAGAUUCAAUCAUUUCUCUAAGGUGUCAGGUCUCAAGGCUAAUAUGGAGAAGAGUGCUAUAUACAUCGCUGGUGUCACAAGGGAAUUCAAAGAAAUGAUUUUAGAAGAGAUGCAAUUCAUACUAGGGGAGCUACCAUUUAAAUAUCUUUGA